GCAUCCAUUCCCCUCGCCCUCAGAGCAACACUGACCAAGACACCACGCGGCAGAACAUUACACAAUGGCUGAAGGACGCUCCGAGCCUCUGCGCCUGGGCAGCACCGCCCCCAACUUCAAGGCCGAGACGACGGCUGGCCCCAUUGACUUCCACGAGUUCAUUGGCGACAACUGGGUCAUUCUCUUCUCGCACCCCGAGGACUACACGCCCGUCUGCACCACAGAGCUCGGCGCAUUCGCAAAGCUCGAGCCAGAGUUUGCGCGCCGCGGGGCCAAGCUCAUCGGUCUCUCGGCCAACACCAUCGACUCGCACGCGGGCUGGAUCAAGGACAUUGACGAGAUCUCGGGCAGCAAGCUCACCUUCCCCAUCAUUGGCGACAAGGAGCGCAAGGUCGCCCUCGCAUACGACAUGAUCGACCACCAGGACGCCACCAACGUCGACUCAAAAGGCAUCGCCUUCACCAUCCGCUCCGUCUUCAUCAUCGACCCCAAGAAGACGAUCCGUCUUAUCCUGAGCUACCCUGCCUCGACCGGCCGCAACACGGCCGAGGUCCUGCGCGUCCUCGACAGUCUGCAGACGGGCGACAAGCACCGCAUCACCACGCCCAUCAACUGGGUCCCCGGCGACGACGUCAUUGUGCACCCAGGCGUCUCCAACGACCAAGCCAAGGAGCUGUUCCCAGACUUCCGCAUCGUCAAGCCCUACCUGCGCUUCACCCCGCUGCCCAAGGAGAAGACGACUGCUGCUUGAAAAGGCUGUUUGUCAUGAAAAAUUGUCUAAUUGGCCGUGGUGUGUUGCAAAGCGACGCGCAGCCGCUUUCCUUUGGGAGCAAAAUACAUGAACCCAGGGAGACUGUUAUGAGAAUACAUGAAUUUAUAUCACAAUGAUAAUGAAAAUCACAUACAUAUAUACAUAUCCAAGAGCC